AUGCCAGUGGUCCUGGGGCUCCUUGCGGUCCUGUGGCUCCUUGCGGUCCUGUGGCUCCUUGCGGUCCUGUGGCUCCUUGCGGUCCUGUGGCUCCUUGCGGUCCUGUGGCUCCUUGCGGUCCUGUGGCUCCUUGUUUUGACCCUGUUGCUCCUUGCGGGCCUUGCGAGCCAGUCGCCCCAGGAACUCCUGGGAUCCCUGGGGCACCAGGAGCGCCUGGACUCCGGGAAGACCGGGGGCACCAGGAGCACCAGGAGCUCCGAGUCCCGGAGGACCCGUCGCGGGCCAGUUGCGCCAGUUGCGCCAGUAUCACCCGGUGACCUUUCAACAUCGCCUUUGUGA